AUGCUGGCGCGCCUGUCGACGAGGACAGCCCCAACGUCUGUUCGAUCCGCCGCGCUCGCCGCUUCUUCGUGCCGCCCGCGAGCUCUCGCGCUCGGCGUCGUCGCCGGCCUCCUCGCGGCGAGCUCUUCAGCGGUCGCGCUCCGUCGCGGCGUCGCGUCGUCGCCCCUCGCGCGAUCGCGAUCCCCCUCGCGGCGGCGAUCGUCGCAAGGCCCCUCGACGACGCGCACGAUGGCGGCGAGCGGCCCCCCGGAGGGCGCCGCGGGCAAGCCCCCGUACUGGGUGGACGACGAGGAGCUCAUGUUCCCUCCCGGGCGCAAGGUCGAGAUGUUGAAGCAGCUCUGGGCGGGCGCGUACGACGGAUGGACCGACGUCACGGAGAUGCCACACGUGACGCUGUACCUGCGACCCAUCUCGAGCCGCCCGCCGAAGUGGGAGCCGCUUGAGUGGCCGCUGCUGUUCCCGCGGACGGUGACGCAGACGCGGCUGUUCGCGCUCACGGGAUUUAACCCGAUGGGCGAGAAGGCGGACAUCGAGGCGAACAAAGCGGCGAACGCGAGGAUGGAGAAGGACCUGGAGACGUUGGACCCCAAGCCGCGGACGUGGUGGAAGGCGUUCGGGUUCGCGGAGGACUGGCGCGAGGACGGAUUCGUGUUGGCGUACACGCCGGAGGAGGCGGAGGCGGCGCGGGCCGCGGUCGUGGAGCUCGCGAAGAAGUAUAAGCAGGGCGCGAUCUACGCGUACGAGCCGCUGUUGGAGCCGCCGCGCGUGGAGCGGAGCAAGGAGCUGCUGCUGCGGCGGACGAUCGCGGCGGCGAUGCCGGACACGGUGGAGGAGAACGUGGUGAUGGAGCGAUGCGGCCGGCCGGACACGAUGAGAUUCUCGAAACCCAUCAUCCCGGACGAGGAGUAUCCUUGA